UCAGAUGUGUGGGUGUACAAUUGAAUUUUGGAGGCGUGGCUGCUUUCUUCUAUGUAUAAUAAUUUUAAUGUUGUGAUCUAGGUCAAAAGAUCCAAGUUGCUGUAACUAAGCAAAUGCAAACUAUGAGUGCUCGACUUCUCCAACUAGUAUGCUUGCUGUUAGUGCUAACUCUCCAGCUGGCUGCUGGUCAAGUGGACCCUAACCAGUGCAGUGCUAAUCAGCUUGGAACUGACAGGAAUCCUACUGGUAGUAGUUCAAAUAUUGUUCGAGAGGAGUUCCUCUACUUGAACACAAGAGAUCCAUCAGACUGCUGGGGUACCAUCACACAAAUUAACUUCUGCUACUACGAGCCUGCUAUAUCUCUACGUUCAAGCAAUUCGAUCUACAAAAUAAAUUUUGGUGUGUACAGACGAAGUUCGGAAUCGGAUGGUACUAUUGUUUACAACCUCGUCUCAGAUGUUUUCACUGUUGAGAGGACCCAGUCGCAAAUAGACAAUGAAUUAGACUAUGAUGAUGGUGAAUAUGACAACAGUGAUAUAUGUAAGAACUUUGAUCUUGAUCAGCCAUUCACUGUGAACCCUGGAGAUAUUCUGGGUGCUUGUGUGUAUGAUCCCCCAUCGGGCAAUCAACAUCAACUAGAUAUGGUUCGUUCAACUACUAGAAAUGGAUAUAAUUUACUAAGAGCUGGAACAACAGGGUGCACAAGUACUAGCCUUCCUCAAACUGUGUCAGCACUUACUGAGAUCGAUGAACUAGCUCUUCACUUGUAUGCAGACAUCGAGCCGUUACCUCCUACUGAAGCUCCUACAACGGAGGCUCCCACCACCCAAGCUGCAACUACACCAGCUCCUACAACAGAGGUUCCCACCACCCAAGCUGCAACUACACCAGCUGCUACAACUGAGGCUCCCACCACCCAAGCUGCAACUACCCCAGCUCCUACAACAGAAGUUCCCACCACUCAAGCUGCAACUACACCAGCUCCUACAACAGAGGCUCCCACCACCCAAGCUGCAACUACACCAGCUCCUACAACGGAGGCUCCCACCACCCAAGCUGCAACUACACCAGCUCCUACAACGGAGGCUCCCACCACCCAAGCUGCAACUACACCAGCUCCCACCACACAAGCUGCAACUACAUCAGCUCCUGCAACCGAGGCUCCCACCACCCAAACUACGACUGAAGGUCUUACCACAGAAACCUCAACUACACAAGUUACUACCACAGAGGGUUUCACUAUCAUACCCCCUCCAGUAACGCAAAUCCCAAUGACAGAUGCACCCACUACCACCAAUCCACAAACAACUGAAGACGCCACAACUUCCAGUGCAGGGGAGAUUGACAAUGUGGCUCAGGGUGGCAGCAAUAACAUUGUUACAAUCAUCGUGCCUGUUGUAAUUGUUCUGCUUUUGGUUGGUGCUGUGUUUGGAUUCAUGAUGUUAAUAGUAAUGAAGAGAUAUCGAAAGAAAGGACGUCGGGACUUCAAUAUUCAAAGCAGCAGGAACCAGAGAGGAAUCGAUAAUGUGCUCUACUCUAAGCAUGCAAGAUCUGCUGAACAGGACACUGUAGUGUUUAGUCCAAUCGCCGAUUAUGACGAGGUUAAGCAGCGCAGUGAUUUUCAUACUGACGAGGUUAAGCAGUGCAGUGAUCUUCAUACUGAUGAAGAUUAUGACUUUAUCGAUGAAGACAAAUACGAAUACCCAGAAACAGAUAUUGAACUAGACUAUGGAAAUGUCUAUGCAGAAGUCGGCCCAUACAAUGAGGACACAUCAGGAAAUUAUGAUUCACCUAUCGAUGCCCAAGGUGGCGUCAGAUUUAGUGAGCUCUUGGAAAAGAACAAAGAGGCAGAUCUUUAUGAUCACAUCAGUCCCUACCAAGUCCCCGCUACAAAAGAGAGACAACUUUACGGUCAACUCAAGUCGUGGGGAACAAGAAGCAUACCUCUGCAUGAAAUACAUGUUUCUCGAGAUGUUGCUCCGAGUCAGUUCCGCAGCGUAGAGCAGGGGGUGUGGCGGAAGAAUGGAAGAAAACCAGUGAAUGUUGAAUUAAAAUGUCUUGUGGAGACAUCGGAGGACGACAGGGUCAAAUUUCUCCAAGAAGCCGCCAUCAUGGCUCAGUUCGGACACUCUAAUGUCAUUCUGCUGCAUGGAGUUGUGAUUCAAGGAAGCCCUAUGAUGAUUGUUGCUGAAACUGCUACAAAGGGUAACCUCAGAGACUAUCUGAACUCCCUCAGGCCAAAGCCUGGUGACCUUGUUUCGAGCAAUGUCCCAAUGCGUCUGCUUAAGUGUGCUCAACAAGUGGCUCUUGGGAUGCAGUACCUCUCAGCUAAAGGAUUUGUGCACAGAGAUCUGGCUGCUAGGAAUGUGCUAAUGACUAGCAAUAACAUCUGUAAAAUCGCAGAGUUUGGCAUGUCCCGAAACCUUGCCGAUGAAAGCUACUAUGUGUCGCAAGGGGGCAGGAUCCCCGUUAAGUGGACAGCUCCUGAGACCAUUCACUACAAGAAGUACUCGACUGCCAGUGAUGUGUGGGCCUACGGGUGUCUGCUCUAUGAGAUAUGGAGUUUGGGACGCAAGCCUUUUGAGGGAAUACAGAAUAUUGAUGUAAUCCAACUUGUUGACUCUGGCAAACGAUUGCCUCCACCGCCUGGCUGUCCAAGGUUGAUCUAUGAGCUUAUGACCAUUUGCUGGCACCCCCAAACAAUGGUGCGUCCUGGUUUCCGUGACAUUGUGCUGACGCUAGUUGGCAGCGAGGAGAUGGUCUUGAACAUUCCCGAGGAGGACUCCUCCACUAAACGACUGGCUGGAGUAUUGGGAGCUCCACUGGAGGCCGGAGAGAACAUGUACUCUCAGCUGCAGAACAGAUACAUUGAUUAUCUCCACAAAGCUGGAAUGGAGACUGAUACCGACUACUUCGAUGUUCUUUAAAUGCGUACAAAUUAUGUUAUCUGUGCAUAGUUAUACUGUUGACAAUAAAUAAUUGAAUACUGUGCAUUUUGUUUACUAUCUGUUUUGUGCACAACUUCCUACUUUUAUAA